AUGGCUCCUGCUCCGGCACGUUUUAUCAACCCAAUCCCCAACCCUUCGCGGUACCAAAAGUACAACGGCGUGACCCUCGAGUCCCUGUGCGAAGCUGCAUAUCAUGGCAACAUGGAGAAGUUGGAGUUGCUGCUCAAGAGUGGCAACGCAGAUGAGAUUUUCAACGGUGAUGUCAACAUGCAUUUGACCGACGUCAAUGCCUUACACAUGGCAGCAAUGGCAGGACAAGAAGGUGCAGUGAAACUGCUGUUGGAUGCCCAGGCUGAUCCACACGUGCGCUGUGUGGUGUCAGAAGGUAAGGAUCCUCAAAGCGGUGAGACGGCCAAAGACAAGGCGGGAAAGUUCAAGCAUCAGAACAUCGUCACCUUGCUGAAGUCAGCAGAGGAGAAGACUCCACCUGGUUGGUACCAAGCAGAUGGGAUUGGGAACAAUCGAAAGCUUUAUGCGAAGCCUGUUGAGCAAUCUGCCCCGAAGCCAACCGAUGGCGGGAAAAAGGAAGAGGCAAAGCCAGCACCAAAGACAGCACCAAAAGCAGCACCAAAAGCAGCAUCACAGGAGAAAUCAGAGCCGUCGUUGCCAGUUGCGUUGCUAUUCCCUGGCCAAGGCUCACAAUAUGUCAAGAUGCUUGAUGGAGUGAAGGAUGUCCCAGAAGUCAAGGAGAUGCUUUCCAAGGCCAACUCGAUCUUAGGCUAUGACCUCCUCGACAUGUGCUUGAAGGGUCCUGAGGAAAAGUUAGCCGAGACAAAAUAUUGCCAACCAGCCAUGUUCGUUGGCGGCUUGGCAGGAGUUUGCAAGUUGAAGUCUCAAAAUGCUGCAGCUUCAGAGCGCCCUCGCUGCAUGGCAGGCCUCUCACUCGGUGAGUACACAGCCUUGUGUGCAGCGGGAGUGUUGAGCUUUGAGGACGGGCUUCGUUUGGUCAAACUUCGAGGUGAGGCCAUGCAAGAAGCUGCGCAGGUUGGAAAGCAAGCCAUGCUGUCGGUGGCAGGUUUGGACCAACCCGUUUUGGAACAGUGCUGCCUGGAAGCUGAGAAGAAAGCAGGCUCUGGCAGUGUCUGCCGCAUUGCCAAUGCACUCUUUCCAAAGGGCUUCUCGUGUGCGGGAACUGAGGGGGCUGUGAACCACCUGAAGGAGCUGGCUGAGAAGAAGGGUGCUUUGCAAGCCAAGCUGCUGAAAACAGGCGGUGCCUUUCACACAUCGCUGAUGCAGCCUGCGCAAGAGAAACUUGAGAAAGCGCUUCAAGAGGCACUUCCCAAGAUGAAUCCACCCAAAUGUGAUGUCUACAUGAACGUCACUGGUGAGAGCUUGCCAGCUGGAACCAAUCCAAAGAUCAUCCUGGAGCUGCUGCAGAAACAGCUGACCAGUCCUGUUCUGUGGUCAUCUUCCGUCCAGAAAAUGAUCAAAGAUGGUAUCACGGAUUUCUACGAAUGUGGGCCACAGAAACAGUUGAAGGCAAUGAUGAAGAGGAUUGACAACAAGGUUUGGAACAAGACUCAGAGUAUUGAGGUGUAG